CUGUGUUGCGAUCCUCCUGCCUCAUCCUUCCAGCUGGGACUACAAGUGUACCACCACUCCCACAUCUCUUUUAGACAAGAGUCUCAAAAUGCCCGGGCCCACCUUGAGCUCAUGGUCCUUCUUGCCUCAGCCUACCCUAGUCGCAGAGUAACAGUAUUCAGCAACUUCUUUGGGGAAAGAAUUGCCUGUGUCAGCUAUGCUGAAGAAAACGUAGGAAAGGAUUUGACCAUGCUGGAGGCAUACUUUGGUCGAGUAUGUUCCUAUCACCAUUCUCCAAGGGUUACCAGCAACCCAGUCGUAUCACAUUCCUAGAAUCUUGAAUCAAUACCAAUUUGCUCUACUACUAAAUAUUACCUUAUCAAGUUCUUAGAGCGUCUUUCUGGUGAGCAAGGAGGUCUUUGAGUCUGGCGCCUGUACCUUCCUAGAAACAUGGCCCCCAAGCAACAAUCUUCACUCAUACCUCUGACGAAGAGACUAAGACUGCCCCCUGCCUCGAGACCAGAGAAGGCAUUGGUCUCUCUGGACUUACCCAAGGGAGAGAAAGAGCAACAAGAAGCAAUUGAACAUAUUGAUGAAGUACAAAACGAAAUAGACAGACUUCAUGAACAAGUCAGUGAGGAGAUUUUGAAAGUAGAAGAGAAAUAUAACAAACUUUGCCAACCAUUUUUUCAGAAGAGGUCAGAAUUGAUCGCCAAAAUCUCAAAUUUUUGGGUAACGACUUUUGUCAACCAUCCACAAGUGUCUGCACUGCUUGGAGAGGAGGAUGAAGAGGUGCUACAUUAUUUGACCAGAGUUGACGUGACAGGAUUUGAAGAUAUUAAACCAGGUUACAGAAUAGAUUUUUAUUUUGACAAAAAUCCUUACUUCAAAAAUAAAGUUCUCUCCAAAGAAUCUCAUCUGAAUGAGAGUGGUGAUCCACCUUCAAAGUCCACUGAAAUCAAAUGGAAAACUGGAAAGGAUUUGAUGAAAUGUUCAAGUCAAAUGCAGAGUAAAGCCAGCAGGAAGAGGCAGCAUGAGGAGCCAGAGAGCUUCUUCACUUGGGUUAAUGGCCAUUGUGAUGCAGCUGCAGAUGAGUUAGGGGAGGUCGUCAAAGAUGACAUUUGGCCAAAUCCCUUACAGUGCUAUUUGGUUUCCGAUAUGGAUGAUGAAGAAGGGGUAGGAGAAGAAGAAGAUGAUGAUGAUGAAGAAGAAGAGGGAUUGGAAGAUGUUGAUGAGGAAAGAGAUGAGGAUGAAGGUGAAGAAGAUGAAGGUGAUGAUGAAGGGGAGGAAGGAGAAAAGGAUGAAGGAGAUGACUGACAGAACACUGAUGGAUUCCAAUCCUCCUUUAAAAAUUUUUUUUCUUCAGUCCCUGGGAGCAAGUUGCAGUCUUUUUUCUUUUCUUUUCUUUUUUCCUCUCUUUUUUCCCUCUUGUGCUCAGUUGUCCUGUUCUUGAGAUCUCUUUUCUCUACACCAUGGUUCUCAACUUAUUUUGGGGGAAAAAACCUUGAGCAGAAACAAUAGGAAAAGAAUCUCUACGCUUUCCUGUUCCAAAUUCAUUUUUAUCCCUUCCUGUUUCAACAAAAACUGGAAUCACCACCACCGUGCUCUGUGGGAAAAAAGAAAAUCCUUCUACUCCCUUUGUUCUGCUGGAAGCUGGAGGGUGCUAGGCCCCUUUGUAGUAGUGCAUAGAAUUCUAGCUUUUUUUUUUCUCCUUUCUCUGUAUAUUGAACUCAGAGAUUACACUGUGUCUCUAGGUGAAUAUGGACAGUUAGCAUUUACCAACAUGUAUCUGUCUACUUUCUCUUGUUUA